CAGACAUUCACCCAUAGACACACUCAGGAUGAAGAGACUCAGUGUGGCGGCGGCUGUUGUGCUGAUGCUGAUGAUGAUGCUGCCCCGGGGGGGGUCUGCCCUGGAGGUCUCCAUCUCCCCCCUGGCGUCGUGUGAGCCUGACUGUACCGGCAUGGCCACCGGCGACAAAGUUGUCGACCCCAAAAACUGCACAAAUUACUACUUCUGCUUCAACGGCCAACCGGCGCCGCACCCGAACAGCUGCGGCAACACUAGCCACUUCGACCCGGCCACCCUUGAGUGUGUGGCCGGUACGGAUUGUGAGCCCGUGUGUGGUGGUGGAGGCUCGGGCUGCGCCAUAACCUGCAACGCUACCACGACGGUGGUCGCCAACCUCUUCGACUGCUCCACCUACUACUUCUGCACCCCCGGCGGUCCCGUGUUGGCGGAAUGCUCUGCUGAUUUCCCCUACUUCGACGGCAGCAGCUGCACCUACGACGAGUCUGUCUGCUGCUCCCCUUACUGCGACGUCAACUGCGACGGCUCCGCCCUCGCCAUCGUGCCGGACCCCAAAGACUGUGGCUCGUUCUACGUGUGUGAAGAAGGCGUGGAAGGCGAUCCCGGCGAAGAGUUCAAGUACUCCUGCGGCGCCGGGAAGUACUUCAACAUAGCGCUUGGCAAUUGUGAGGCAGGCGACCCCAACUCCUGCACCACACUGUGCGACGCCGCCACGGGGGGAGAGAACGGGGACUCCUCCUCCACCUCCACCACCACCACCACCACCACCACCACCAGCUCGGGCGGCGGCGGUGGCAGUAGCAGCGGUCCAACCAGCGGCGGCGGCAGUAGCAGCGGUCCAACCAGCGGCGGCGGCACCACCACCACCACCACCACCGGUGACUGCGUGACCACCUUCACCUGCCCCGCGGCGGGUGAUUUCCCCGCCUGCCAAACCUGCCAGCCGGAAUACUUUGACUGUGCCGGCGCGGGCGUGCCGGGCGUGAUGACCACCUGCCCCGGUGACAAUGUCUUCAACCCCACGCCAGGCUUCGGCUUCUGUGCCCUGCCCGGCAACUGCCCCUACCCCUGAUGCCCCCAUACCCCCCUCCCCUACCCCUGAUGCCCCCCUCCCCUACCCCUGAUCCCCCCAUGCCCCCAUCCCCUACCCCUGAUGCCCCCAUGCCCCCCUCCCCUACCCCUGAUGCCCCCAUGCCCCCAUCCCCUACCCCUGAUGCCCCCAUGCCACCCUCCCCUACCCCUGAUGCCCCCAUGCCCCCCUCCCCUACCCUUGACCACUCAUGACAAAGUGAAUACCCUCAGUAGCUCAUCAGUGUGGGAGGGAGUUCGUGUAUAUUGUUAACAGGAGCUGCCUUGUAUAGGUCAACCGGUCUCUUGCAGACUUCUUACGUUCUUAUGUUCUUAUGUUCUUAUAUAUGUACGUGCGUACGUAUGUAAGUACUGUACGUGGUGUGCGUCUUCCCACGACAUGUAUCAUUCCUGUCUUGGUUGGUAAUAAUAACUGCUGCCGCUAAACCUU